AUGGAUAUUUCUCCAUUGGUAUUCAUUCCUGAGGAACUCGUAGCUGAAAUCCUAUCCUUGCUUCCAGUUAAAACUGUAUCGAGAUUCAAAUGCGUGAACAAGUUAUGGAACACUCUCAUCUCCGAUCCAACCUUCAUUGAUAAGCAUCUUAACAAGUCAUCACAAAAACAACAUCUCAUUGAAGUAUGGAGGGAUACCAGAGAUUUGAUUAUCGUACCAUUCCCCUUGUAUGAUCUACACGAAAAUCCAUCCAUCACUAUUCACAGAAACAAUCUUCGUUGUUUGAAUGACGGCGAUUAUUCCGUUGUUGGAACUUGCAACGGAUUGAUCUGUUUGUAUAGUAAAUCUCUCUACAAAGUAUCAACUUUCGGGUAUAAAGAAUCAUCUGUUGAGUAUAUGGAAUACUCAAUCCAUUUGUGGAAUCCUUCCACGAGAAAUAAACCCGAAAAUUUUGCUUCCAUUCGUCAUAUCCAUGAUAUGAAGUCUUUUCAUUUCGCAUUUGGUUAUGAUGAUUCAAAAAAAAGUUAUAAGGUUGUGGCUUAUCAUAUUGAGGCUUGUGCGGAAAGUGAGGUUAAAGUUUUUAUUUCGGGUGAUAAUGUUUGGAGAAAUAUUCAAAGUUUUCCGGUGGUGCCUCUUAGUUGGGAGGGGUAUUCCAGUGAAACUUUUCCUAAGAAUGGUGUGCAUUUGAGUAACACUUUUAAUUGGUUGGCUAUUAAUGACUAUUUCUUUUCUUUUUAUCGAUGCACGGAUAUUACUCAUGUUGAGCAAAUUGUGAUUAUUUCACUUGAUCUUUCGACUGAGACAUACAAUGUUAUUAGGCCCAAUAGAGUUAAAACUAAACCCAUAUGGAUGAAAGACUAUGUGACAAAAUAA